GGGGAGCUGUGCUCUCCCCGAGUCCCCGACUCGCGCUCGGGUAGUCGCCGCCGCCGCCAUGUUGGUUUGAGGAGCGAUGACAGGAGGCGGCUGCGGCGUCGGGGACUGAAACGUGGAGGAGGAGGAGAGACAGGGCUCUGGGAGGAAGCGGCUCUCGGGCUGAGGAGGGGAAGGGCCCGGCCUCUUCCGGGGCCCAGCCGCAGGCGGCGUCGCGGGGAGCUCGCGAGGCCGGGGAGGGGAGGGGAAGGCGGGGACGGGGGAGGCGCGGAGGCGGGAGAGGAGCGCCAGGAAGCCAGGGACGAUGCGCCCCGAGCCCCGCGGCUGUCCGGAGGCGCCCGCGGCCUGAGCCCCGACGGGCCGUGGGGUCUCCUGCCGGGCCGAGCGCCCCGCCCCGCGCUCGCCGCCCCGGCCCCUCGGGCUCGGGCUCGCGCUCCGGCCGCCAACGAGUUAAAUGCCCUUGAGCGCGGGGUUCCGCGGCCCGGCUCGCAGCCCCGGCCGCGCGAGGUGAGCCGCCUCCCCGCGCCGUCCGCCGGGGCACGCGUCCAUGUGUGGCCGCAGAGUUAUCUGUGGAGCGCGGCGCCGGGGCACCCUCCUCCUGCUUAAUGAGGACUCGACUCGCGAGCAAGCGUGAAUCACUGCCGGGCCGGGAGAGGAGGAAGGCGAUUUAACCCCCUCCCACCCCGCUCCAUGUCCGUGUGUCACUCGGCUCGGGCCACCUGGCGCGGCCGGUCCUGGGGCGGCUGCUGCUGCUGCUGACGACGGCGACGGCGACGGGGCUGCCACCCCGGGAGUUCCCUCCUGCUCCGGCCACGCCGCUCCCGGCGAUUGUUCCUCUUCGUUCGGAACCUCGGAACCCCGGAACCCCGGCCAGGCCGGCGCUCUGGCUCCGAAAGAACUUCGUUUCUGGGGAAAGCGCAUCCCGAGCCAAUCAAGAUCGUGAAGGUUGAUUGCUGUAGCUCAAAGACUUGUCUUCUUUGUGUGUGUGUGUUAUCUUUUUUUUAAUUUUCUUUUGAUUUUUGUUUUUGGCGUAAACAUCUGGGUAUACAUCAAACGGCAAGAUGUCCAGUAAUGUCCCGGCGGAUAUGAUAAAUUUGCGCCUCAUCUUGGUCAGCGGGAAGACAAAAGAGUUCCUGUUUUCUCCUAAUGAUUCUGCUUCUGACAUUGCAAAGCAUGUGUAUGACAACUGGCCAAUGGACUGGGAAGAAGAGCAGGUCAGCAGUCCAAAUAUUCUACGGCUUAUUUAUCAAGGACGAUUUCUACAUGGAAAUGUCACAUUAGGAGCAUUAAAACUUCCUUUCGGCAAGACAACAGUGAUGCACUUGGUGGCCAGAGAGACGUUGCCGGAGCCAAACUCGCAAGGUCAGAGGAAUCGCGAAAAGACUGGCGAGAGUAAUUGUUGUGUGAUCCUGUAAACACUGUCUGCCAGGUAUGGUGUCAUGUAGUCUUUGUCUUCAUGCUGCUGGGCCAGAGGAGACCCAACGUUGCUUCAGAACCUUUAGGAAGAGUCUGCCUAUAAAUCCAUGGACCUCAACUAUCCCAUGAACACUGUCAUCUUUUCUCAUGAAAGUAAAAAGAACCAAGAACACUUUUCACUAUGACUUUUUAUUUCUAGUAUUUUUGUUUAUGUUGAGCAGUUUUAAAAUAUGUUGAUUUUUGAAUGCAAGUCAAUCUCCAGGGGAAAAGUUAACAAGUUAUCUUUCAUAGCAGAAACCGUUUUGCUGCCACAAAACUUUUCAUCACCAGAACUAACAAAUCAAGUGUUCCGAGUACAGUUUGCACUAAAAAAGAUCAGCAGGAUUUAUAACAUGGUUUAUGGUACCUAGAAAUACUCAUAUAUACGCAUCCACAGUGGAAGACACUCAGCAAUUAAUGAAGUUAAUUACUGGGCCAACUUGAGAGGAAAAAAUGGAAAAGAAACUAAAAUGUUGGGUGAAUUCUACCAAAGUCAGCCAUGGCGGCUGCACUGACACAGAAUCCUACACUGAGAGCCACUGUUCUCACUGCGACGAGUGAAAAGACAACACGUGCCUGUUGUUGAAAGUACUCAGCAGAGGGCCGAUGAAACCAGUUGUUUUUCCUUUAACACGUGCACUCUAGUCAGACGGUGACUGAGGGCUUGUUCACACAGCACAAGAGGGGUGAGCGCGCAUGUCCUAGCCUUAACGGGGGUGAAUUCCAGUCAUUUGUAGACUUCCACAACUGUGCAGAAAUAUUAGAGAACCUCAUUUAUUCAUCACUUUUGUGUAUUUGAAUAUCAGCAAAUUGAAUUUUUCCAUAAUUAUUGCUCAUCUCUAACUGUGCCCAGUGUCACACUUACUCAUUAGAGAGCUCAGAUGAAUUCUUAAAAUUAAAAAAUUCUCCAUAGGACUAAUUUUGUUUCUUUAUGUAGUUUGCAUUGGGUAUUAGUGCUUGCAGUUAAAAUCAGAAGCUGAUUUUUAAGGCAUACUUGAGUAGGGAUGCCAUUCUUUUGUUUUGUACCAAUAAUUAAAAAAUUGAUAUGCUAAAAACAAUUUGCACAGCACUAAAGCAUGAGCUAGUUUCAUCUGAACCUGUAAAAAAUUAUAAAAGAUUUUAUAUUUUUUCACUGGGAAGAAAUUCUUCCUGGAUGAAAUUACAAAUAUGUGUAGAAUAUAUUUAAUAAAAAACUUAUAAAAUACCUAACUAUAGAACUUAAAUAUAGAUUGGCGUGUAGUAUAUAGAACAAUAUUCCAUAUAAAUAACUUUAGCCUUUAUAAAAAUGAAGUUGCAGGCUGACGUUACGUUCUGUACUGAAGUGAGUGUCCACGGCCCUUACAAAUAGUAAGUGUAGAUGGUUUCAAACGGUCAGCUUUGUUUAAAGGUAAUCAGGUUAUUUUCUUCAUUGUUAAUGCUUUGAUGGAAAGGCUUUAUAUGCAGUAGAUCUACAAAACUAUUGUUCAUACUGAUCAGAAUUGAAUUUGUAUAGAGCAGAGUUUUAAAAUGAAUGUAAAUAGCACUAAACAUUUCCUUUCUGCAGCCUGUACUUAUAGAUUCUUUCUGUAAACUACAGAAAAAAAAAUUGUAAUGCAUUUUGGUGGUAAUUUUAAAGGUCUUGCUUAGGUUGAUAAUUGUUUAAGCACUGUCUCAUCCAUGUUAAAAUUGUUCAGUUUUUAUUUCUGAAUCUUUUAAAAAUUUGUUUAAUAUUCUGUUGUUAGUUUGGGGAGGAUUCCCAGUGUAUCUCUGAUAUUUAACCUGGUUAAUUUGUGCAGUCACGACAGUGGGUAGAAUUAUGUAGUCUCUGUUAUCACUAAGAUGUUCUAUUCAAGAGAUGUUAAAUAUUUAUAUGCUUUGUUGACUAGCUCAAAUGUGAAUUCUGUUAGUGUCGACUAAAGAAGAAUCUGGUAGUUACUUAAUUGGGCAGUUAAGCCAUUUAUGGCUGUAUUCUUCUUUCCUAAUACAAACUGCUGGUAAUUAUUUUUAAUAGCUAUUUUAAUUCUAAUUCUUCUUCUGUUUUUCCAAAGUUAAAGACUACAGUUAAUUAUGAUUGAAAUUUUAUGAUGGUUAACCAUAUUCUCGAUUGGUUUUCAAUAUAUUUUUCUGUGUGUUCCCACAUUAUAAAUUUCCCUUCACAAGAUCUCAAUUUAGAGUUUGCAAAAUGGAUAAACUGGUUCAUUAAUAGAGAAAGAAUUAUGUCACUUAAUACCUAAUAUCAUUAUUGUGCAAAAUGAAAAAAAAAGAAUAAAAAAGAGCAGUAAAAUUAUAUACUGAAAACACCAAAAAUUUAGAUGCCUUAAUAGUGUAUACGUGAAAAUACUCAACCAUCCCUUUUAAAGUAGUUCCUUGGACUGCCCGCCGGUUAGAAUCAAUUGAUCACAUCCCAUUGACGGUCCCUCCUCCAAAAACAGCCCGCUUACCGGAAGCGAGAGCCGCAGACGUGUCCAGUCCUGUAAAUAAAGCCUGCAUUGCGGGCCUGUGACCCUGCCCCGCACUUGAUAUUUAACUCCUGUCUUUUACCUAAAUUGUCCUCGACUUUAAGUGUUCCGGAAGAGGCAGAGCGUUUCUUCUUUAUUAAAACCUCAGCAUGUCUCCUUGAUCUGACUUACUUGCUUUCUCUUCAAGAUAAGUUAUAUCUUAUCACAAAAAAUAUGGUACCUAACAUCAUCAUUCACGUUACAUGAGGUUUUCUCAUAACAAACAUUUAUCCUUAGUUUUAUGUCAUCUUGAUUGAUGUUAUCAUAAGUUCUGUUAGCUGAUUGUGGUAAACGAUGUUUAAUGUGAAAAGAAAUUAAAACUUUCAUCUGUUGUAGAAUA